AAUUAGAUGCAGGUUGUGUAAAACCGUGUUGUGUUUCACAACCUGAACUGAUUCCUGAUGUUAAAGUUUCUGCUUUUAAAUCAACUGCCAGUUUCUCUGAACAAUUCUUUAGUUUCUGAAAUACAAACAAAUAUUUACUCAUUUUCUUUCAUGCAUCUCCUGACAUCAGAGCUGCUUUCAGUGCAAUUUCUCCACCUAAAUCUACUUAAAAUGCAUGAACUUCCGUCUGAUCGUCAGGUUUUAUGCUUGUAAAGGUUUAACCUCGUUUUGGGUCGAAUCAGGUUUUGUUUUGUUUUGUUUUUUGUCAACACUUGUGACACUGUGAGCUGAAACACAUGAGAUGUGCGGCAGGAAAUGUGAUGAACUCGUGUGUCAACAAAGACACAUGUCAUGAGUCGGGGACUUCCUCCCCGGCUGGCGGCGAAGUCCCCGCCGAUAAAUCUGUCCUUAAAAACUGCUGAGUCACUCAAUCCGCUGCUCCUCAUACCUUCACUGUGAGCUUCACUCAUAUUCAUAACUCAUUCUUCUCUAAGCAUGGCUUUAUUUCAUAUUUCAGCUUAAAACCCGUCACUCCUCUCAGAUUUCAGAUUGAAUUGAAUUGUUGGGUUAUUGGUUUUUUUUUUUUGCAUUACACACUUUUCUCUGUCUAUUUCCCAACAAAAUGAACAUUUAUUGGCCUGAUUUAUUGAAGAACCUCUGAUAUACUCAGUGUUGCCACAGAGGUGGACACUUCCCAGUCAGGACUGUUGAGCAAAUCAAAUUAUGAGAAACAGGAAGGUGAGUUUGAUGGGAGGAGAGUCGACAGAUACAAGCUUGGUCUCCUGAACUGUCCUGACGUAUUUGGAGACCUUCUGCAGCCAAGACACCAUGAUAACUGAUCCAAACGUGUCGUCAUUUUUUGACGACUUCAGCUCCAUCUAUGAAGAGCUGAACUUCACCUACAACUACACAGAGUUCACCGCCGACCCGGCGACAGAACCCUGCGACAACAUCCGCUUCCCGGAGGUCAUGAUGCUGAUCGCCUGCUUGUUUUACGUCUUCGUCUUCCUGUUGGCCAUUCCGGGGAAUCUGGUGGUGGGGUUGGUGAUCGGGCUGAGCAAGCAGACGCUGAUGCCCUCUGACCUCUACCUGCUCCACCUGGCGGUGGCGGACCUCCUGCUGGCCUUCACCCUGCCCUUCUGGGCCACCUCCGUCACCUCCGGCUGGGUGUUUGGGGAUCUCAUGUGUAAAAUCGUCACCGUCUUGCAGGAGCUGAGCUUCUACUCCAGCAUCUUGUUCCUGACCUGCAUCAGCAUGGACCGGUACAUGGUCAUAGUGCGGGCGAUGGAGGCCCGCCGCGCAAACCGCCAGGUGUGCAGUUUGGUUGUGUGCGUGGUGGUUUGGGUUGUCGGUGGGUUGCUGUCCCUUCCGGGGUUCUUCAGCUCCACGUUCCCUUCCCAAAACACAACCCAGAUGGUUUGCGCAGUGCAGUACAACCCCAGCAGCGCAGACGAGUGGCGGCUGGCCACCAGGGUCCUCCGCCACGCCUUGGGCUUCGUCAUCCCGCUGGCCGUCAUGCUGCCCUGCUACGGGGUCACCAUCCAGCGGCUCCUCCGCAUCCGCGGUGGCUUCCAGCGGCAGCGCGCCAUGAGGGUCAUCAUAUGCGUGGUGGCCGCCUUCCUGCUCUGCUGGACGCCGUACCACCUGGUGGUGAUGGCCGACACCUUCUUCCGGCUGAAGAUCGUGGAGUACGGGUGCCGGGAGAGGACGGCGGUGGACCAGGCCAUGUUCGCCACGCAGAGCCUGGGGCUGCUGCACAGCUGCGUCAACCCGGUGCUGUACGCGUUUGUUGGGGAGAAGUUCAGGAAGAAGCUGCUGCAGAAAAUGAGGAAGAUGGGCCUGUUGGAGCGGGCGUCGGUCUCCAGAGCCAGCAGGUCCUCCAUCUCAUCGGAAAUCACAUCAACAGUCAUGUGAAAAUGUUGCUGAAAGCUGCAGGAUCAAACUUUUGCAAAACUGUGUUUUACUUAUUUGUUGAAACCGCCAGUCGAAAACAAAAUAUCAGAGCCAAGAGAAGACUCCUAACGCUGACAAUCAAGCUUGUGUAUGUUUUGAUAAAUAUGCUAAUGGAGGAGAAACAAGUUACCGUUACAGAAAAAUGAUUUAUCUGCCAUUAUCAGUAGCUGUGCUAACUAGCUUUAGCCUUCUUGGCUGAAGCUGCGGAAGGCUAACGCUAGUUAGCAUUUGUAAAUAGCUUUGUACUGAUUAACCAGAUGUAGCAUAGCAGAGAGCAAGAGGGAAAGGAUGUGAGCAGCAUAGGUGAGAGUGAUUGACAGCGCUAAGACCCUCCUCUUGGCUCUGAUUGGUUGUUUUGACUGAGAGAUUUAUUUGUAAAGUUAGACAUCACAAUAACUUAUAAAACCUAUAAAAAAACAUUUUUUUAAUAAAAGUUACCAAGUGAAGCUUUAAGUCCAAAUAUUUGCUGGACUUUCUACACAUUUUGUUACUUUAAAGUUGCCUUUAAAGCUUCUUUGCCUGUUAUAAAUAAGUUUCCUAUGUGUUGAUGUACAUUUCAUUGUAUUUAUGCUACCAGAAGAAAAGUUUCCUCGACUUAAGCUGGGAACCUUUGUGCAGAAGUAAAAGUACCAAAAAUUAAACUCACAUAACAUCAGCACUGCUUCAACAUUUCUUUACUCUAGUAAAAGUAACAGUCCCAGAAAUUACUCAAGUGAAAAUAAAAACGUAUUUGGUAAAAUUAUGAUCAAAGAAAAUCUGAUUUAGUAUUCUUAAAAAAAUUAUACCAUUACACAAAAAUAUAAAUUUAGGUGAAAAUACCUUUAUUUUAAGGACAAAUGAAAAUAGUGAUGUGAAUAAAUUAGAAAAUUAAGAAUAACAAAAAAGUUCAUCAGUUACUCAAAUACAACUAACUGAUCUAAUUAUUUGGAAAUGUUAUCAGAUACAUUUAAAUUUAAAAUAACACAACUGCAAAAUCAGAUUAUAGAAGCAUUUUUACAAAUCAAUUUCUUUAAAAAAAACAAAACAAAACAUGAAAUGUAUAAAAAAUCCAGACAUGUGGGGCAAAGUUUUGGUACUUAGAUUUUUACUCAACUAUGCAUUUGUGUUGCCUCUUUUUUAUUUUAGCAGGAUUAUGUCUCAGUGGAGGCAGAGAAACCAGGUCUGUCAACAUUUUGCGUGAGUUGUGAAAAUGUUUCAUAACUUGCUUUCAAAAUGUCUAGACAGACAAAAUGCUAAAGGAAAAAAAACACCAACCGAUGCACAAGAAGCUGUGAAAAAGAUGUUGGUCUUUUAUAAAUCUGUUUUUUUUUAUGUGUGUAAAUAUACAAAUAUUUUUAUCAGCUGUUAUUAUUGAGUAGUUUCAACUGAAGCUAGCUUGUUGUAUUGUCCAUAUUAAAAAUGUAAUUUCUGUAUGGCCAAGAAACUUCAUUAAAGUUGAAACAAUGAC